AAGCAUAGAAUGAUUGUACAAAACUACAACAUAUUCGAACCACAUGAUAUAAGUGGUGCUGGGUCAUCUUCUGUCAUAUUGUGAGACUGAGACUAAAGAAAAUCAAUGAAGAAAAAACCAAUUUCCAAGUUAUGCCAAUCAAGUCAGUCAAUGAAGCAACUCCAUUGCUGUUUCCACGAUUAUACAUGUGUAGUUUCCAAAAUCCUUUUGCUUCAACUAUAUAUUACUUCACUUUGGUUUGGUUGCAUAUCAUCUUCAUAAUCAUGUUUUUCAGUAUAAUGAGUGGUGGGUCUAUGCAUUCUGGUUUGGUUGGGCUUGUGUGCCUGGCCAUUGCCUCUGCUGUUUGUUGUUCAAGUGUUGGAAGCUCCAACAACAUCAUGUGCUUGGAGAGUGAAAGACAUGCUCUUCUCCGGUUCAAACAAGGCCUUGUGGAUGACUCCAAUGCUCUUGCCUCUUGGAAAAGUGAGAAAGAUUGCUGCAAGUGGAGAGGAAUAGAAUGCAACAACCAAACAGGUCAUGUUACCACUCUUGAUUUUUCCUUUAGAUAUGAUGUAUAUGUCAAUUAUACUGAAGUUCCUUUAAGAGGUGAAAUUAGUCCUUCACUACUUGAAUUGCCAUAUCUAAAUUACUUGGAUCUCAGUUAUAAUGAUUUUGAAGGAACUAUGAUUCCCAAGUUCAUUGGCUCUUUGAGUCAAUUGAAACAACUAAGACUCAGAAGAGCUAAUUUCAGUGGACCUGUUCCUCCCCAACUUGGAAACCUCUCUAAUUUGCACACUCUUGAUCUUUCCUCCAAUGAUUUUGAAGGAACUAUGAUUCCCAAGUUCAUUGGCUCUUUGAGUCAAUUGAAAGAACUCAUACUUGCAGAUGCUAAUUUCAGUGGACCUAUUCCUCCCCAACUUGGAAACCUCUCUAAUUUGCACACUCUUUAUCUUUCCUCCAAUGAUUUUGAAGGUGGGAUACCAAAAGGCUUUCAAAACUUAUGCAGCUUAGAGUCGUUGGGAUUAGCUGAAAACCAAUUGUCUGAAAACAUUGAAGACUCUGUUGAAACCUUGUCUUGUGCUGAGAACACACUUGAAACCUUGGACUUGAGUGAUAAUCUGUUUUGGGGGUCGUUGCCAGAUUUGGCACGUUUUUCAAAAUUAAGAUACUUAUAUCUUGACAGCAAUCAAGUAAAUGGGUCUCUACCCGAGAGUGUCGGGCAACUCUCUAGCCUUGAAUUGCUAGAUCUCUCCGGGAAUUCUUUGAGUGGUGUCAUAACAGAAGCCCACUUUUUGAACCUCUCUCGUUUACAGAUUUUGUAUAUUUCUGGUAAUCGUUUCUCUAUCAACCUGAGCUCUGAUUGGAAUCCACCAUUUCAACUUACUGAUGGGUUAGGCAUGUCCUCUUGCAAGGUGGGCCCAGCUUUUCCCAAGUGGAUUCUAACGCAGACAAAUCUUACUGAGCUUGAUCUCUCUAAUGCUGGACUAUCAGGAUCAUUACCUAUCCAGGUUUGGGAUCUAUUUUCUGGCUUGGAUUACUUAUAUCUCUCUAUGAACCAAAUCCAUGGGAAACUACCGAAUCUGUCAUCGACAAGCUUGCUUUCUCUCAGCUUGUCUUCUAAUCUAUUCUCUGGCGCAUUGCCAUCAUUUUCUCCUAUGCUACAAAGCCUGUAUCUCUCGAAUAAUACGUUUUCAGGACCUUUGUCUUCCUUAUGUGCAACGCAGGCUCCAAAUUUGCAGUAUCUUGACAUUUCUAAGAACCUAUUGUCUGGGGAGCUUCCUAAUUGUUGGAUGCAAUAUCAAGAAUUGCAAGCGUUGGAUUUGGGAAAGAAUAAAUUAUCUGGAAAAAUACCAAGCUCGUUAGGCAAUCUACAGAGAAUUCAGGUAUUGCGUUUACAUGAUAACAACUUUUCAGGAGAAUUGCCUUCUUUCGAGAACUGUACCGAAUUACGGGUGGUUGACCUUGGCAACAAUAACCUGUCGGGAAAGAUACCAACAUGGAUUGGCCAAAGCCUACCAAAAUUGGUGAUUCUACGCUUACGGUCAAAUGAGUUUAAUGGAAUCAUACCCUUCUCCCUGUGCAGUCUAGCUGGCAUUCAUGUUUUGGACCUCUCUCACAACAAUAUUUCAGGAGGCUUGCCACAUUGCUUCAAUAACAUAACCGCUUUGGCUCAAGAUUAUAUUGAUAUUCCAGUUAAUUUAAUACUCGAGCUCGUGUGGAAGGGAAUAGAGAUCGAGUUUGGGGAAAAUCUUGCUGGUAUGAGAAGCAUUGACAUGUCAAGAAACUGUUUGAUGGGGGAAAUUCCGCAAAGUAUAGCAAAUAUGAUAGAGUUGAAAUCACUGAAUCUGUCAACAAACUAUUUGACAGGAAAGCUUCCCGAAAACUUUGGUAACAUGAAGAUGUUGGAAUCUCUUGAUUUGUCAAGAAACCAGAUAUCUGGUAAAAUUCCUACAAGUUUUGCGAGCUUAAGUUUUCUUAGUGUCUUGGACUUAUCACACAACAAAUUGUCAGGAAGAAUUCCAUCAGGCACCCAACUUCAGGGUUUUAAUGCUUCUCAAUAUAUGGGAAAUGAUGGACUUUGUGGACCACCGCUAACACCAAAUUGCUCACGAGAUGGAGCAACUCAAGCUGAUGAUAACAAAGAACAUGAUAAUGAUGGUCUCAUAAGCCUGGGAUUUUUUAUCAGUGUAGUGCUGGGAUUCGUCACUGGAUUUUGGAUGGUCUGCGGCAGUUUACUGCUCAAGACUUCUUGGAGAUAUGCUUAUUUCAACUUCCUGGACAAUGCAAAAGGUUGGAUUUAUGUCAAAACCGCUGUGUACAAGGCAAAAGUGCAAAGGAGACUUCAAAGAUCAAUGGAGAUUCUGGCAUUCAGGGAAAUGAACCUAAUUAUCCCGGAAGUGAAAAAAUUCAAGGCUGAUGUUGAAGGUUUUCAGAUGUCGUUGCUUUCUCUUUCAGCAAGAAAUAAAUAUUAUGCUUGUUCCUCUUGAGGAAUGUGUAUGAAUAAUGGAUUGUAUGUAGUAUGAGUUGGUAUAACUUUUGAUUCCAUGCAACAAGACCUCUAUUUAGCUUCCUAAUCUUUCUGGCUGUAAUUUAAACCUAUCUUUCUCGAUUGAUUUCAAAGUAAUUGGCUGCAAUUAUAUAUUGUUCCAUUCCGGAGCAUUUCAAUUAA